AUGGAUACUCUUGGUUACGUACAUGGGAGCUGUUGGGAAGUUUGGUCAGAUUUAUUAGAUGACCCCAGUGGCAAUUAUUAUUUACUGGCCAUGAACAAAUUGUACGAUAUAUGUUCCAUUGUAGAUAGCUGGGAAGUUCAAGGCAAGUAUAGUGAACCCAUGGUGUUGAUUGGGAUCUACAUUGCAACCGCAUCAUUACUUUGCAUCCUUGCCAUGGCCGCAGAUCUGUUGCAAGGUUUCCGAAAUAAUAAGUUAUGGUUUCCAUGUAGAUACUUUUCUCUCAAUGCCGCAUCUAUUACCGUGAUAACUGUCGCCAUGAAACUGCCAGUGGAUUUAAGCAGUGACAUGCCAAGUUACAUGGACCAAGCAGCCAAACUAGGAAGUUUGGCUUUCAUGUGCACCAUGAUGGCAACCCUUAUGCCUUCUUUGGCAGCCAUGGACAACAAGACACUGCUUGCAAAUAUGAUAGGUUUGUCCAUUCUCGUUAUCACCAUGGUUGUAAAUAUUUUCAUUGAUAUAUAUACUGGUGCUAUCAAGCAUAUCAAUCUCAAUCUUCUAGGUUUCUAUAGUACCAGUUUUGACUGUGUUGUGAUUGCAUGCAUCUACAUGGCUACGAUCCUUUUGUUACUAAUGAUAAUGAUUUCUGCAUCCCUAACAAUUCCAACCUCUAAGGAAAUUUUAGAAGUCAAGUAUCAAACCACAAACAAAGCUUCUUUAACUGAUCAGCAUCUACAACUUACCCAAAUGCCUGAAAUUGAGAAACUAACGCAACAUGUGAGAAGCUAUUGGGUCAUGGCAGAAACUGGUAGCCCUCAAUUUGUGAUGGCUAGCAAUCCAUUAUCCACUGCUUCUGGAGUAAUUUGUGUAAUCGUACUAAUCCUCAACUUAAUUGUUGUAUUCGAAGUUCCAUUUGGAUACCAUGGAGUAGAAAAAGUAUAUCAAUCAGCAUACAGACGGUCGAUACUUUUCAUUCUCAUAACACAGUCCAUUGGGGUCGUGGUGGGUACCAUUGCUCCGAUAUUUAGAUGGUUUUCAGUUUUGAGCUUCAAGUCAAUCACCAAAUGGAACGGGACUCAUUUAGUUAUUUUUAAAGUAGAAAAGUACUGGACCCAAAAGUUGCAUGAAUGGAAACAAAGUCCUAUACAUUUUCUAUCAGGCCAUAGAUCAAGAACACUCGUCUACAAUUCAAAGGGUAUCAUUAUUAGCCUUUGCAUUAAACUUCAAAAGGUAAUUGUUAUUUUGUGCAAAGUGAUAUCGCUCAUCUCAAGAAUCAUUGCAAUCUUUGUCGUCUAUUGUUGGAAAUCACUGAAGAAAGAAAGGCCGAUAACUCCACCCGUCGUCUCAAGAACUGACAAUAUAAACGGAGACCUUAGCAAUUACGUUUUACAAGUUCAUGAUGAGGUGGAGCUUGCUGCGAAAACACUGAUGCGAAUAUCAAACUCUAUGAGUUCCUUCAUUCUAAAGGCUGGGAAGGAACAAAACAAGGAUCUUUUAGAGCUUCUCGAGAAAUCUACUGGAUUCAAAGGAGUAGAGAACUUUGAUACCGAUCAUGUUCCAUCUCUGCUCCCUGUUGAUAUUGUUAACAGUUGGAGCUUACCAAUAUUUACCUUAACAUGCAUAGCGGUCGCUCUCCCAAAUAUCUCUAAGGACACAAUAAAGAGAUUGUUAAGAAGUGUUGGUGAAGGUCUUUCAUACACCCAUCAGGUGGAAGAAAGCCUCAAUUGUGAAAAAGAAUAUGUAAAUAUCCGAAAGGCUACUAUAAUCUUAUGGAAUGAGGUCGAACACAAAUGCAAGUGGUUAGACAAGGCUCUAGAAAAAGAUUCUUUUAAAGGCAAAACAGCAACAGAGAUUGUUAAAUGGUUUUCUGAUGGAGCAAAAGAAAUUGUGAGAGAAAUCAAUGGGGGUAUCAGUGGAGAGAUGGUGGAGAACACUCCCAAGGAGUUGAUUGCUGCCAAUUCAAUGUACCGAAUUGCAGAAACCAUCUUGCUUAGAGACAAAACCAACACAGAACAUAUUAACGAAGAACAAUUGUUUGCCCUAUUAAAUGGAAAAAUUGCAGACAUAUUGUGUGCCUGCUUCACUAACAUACCGCGAGUCAUAACAGUCAAAUGCAAUGAAAGUGUGAUAGAGAAAAGAGAGGCAAGUGUCAAGGCUGCAGCCAAACUUCUGGGUAAGACUUCAAAAAUAAUUGAAAGGCUAGAGACAUGUGAACUGCCAAGCAUGGACCCGGAUAAGAUGGCAUAUAUCGAUGAGUGGCGUCUUUAUUUGAAGCAAUCGAUCCCUUAA